CUUUUUUAUAAGGCUAUCUGUCUUUACAGUGUCUUCAUCAAGUAUGCAUUCUGUGGAUUUGUUUCAUUUUAAAGGCUGUCUCAUUUCAGGAUUUAGAAGGUCCAAGAAUGUAGAUCUUUGGAGCAAGAUAACUGAACUGUUGUACAAGGAUGGACGUUAUUGCCAGACGCCUCCAGGACCGUCUGAAGCUGUUGGCUAUUUUCUUUAUAACUUGAUUGACAGCAUGAGUGACUCAGAGGUACAGGCCAAGGAGGAGCAUUUGAGACAAUACUUCCAUCAGCUGAAGAAGAUGAAUAUAGUAAUCCCUCCAAACAUCUACAGAGGCAUUCGCAACGUGCUGGACUCCUAUCAUGUUCCUGAAUUAAUUAAGGAUAUAAUGUUAGUGGUGGAUAGUGAAAAGUUGUCAGCAGCAGACAUUCCAAAAAACACUGAACUUGAAGUGUUGUCUUUGGAGGAGGAACUGGAAAAGCUAAAAGCUGAAAAGCAACCUAUUGGCAAUGUCCUUAAACAGCUUAUAGUUGCUCUUUGUGCAGAAGAGAAUAUGCAAAAAGCCCUUGAAGUGAAAGCCAAAUACGAACCGGACAUGGUGGUUGGUGGCUAUGCAGCCUUGAUAAAUUUGUGCUGUCGACAUGAUAAUGCAGAAGAUGCAAUGAACCUGAAAGAAGAAGUCUACCGUAAGGAUUCAUCUGUUGCUCUUGACACAAACAAGUAUUUAGCCUUGGUGAAAGUCUUAGGAAAGCAUGGCAGACUAGAAGAUGCUAUUAACAUUCUAAAGGAAAUGAAAGAGAAGGAUGUUCCUAUCAGAGAUACAACAGUCACAUCCUUUUUCCACAUCCUUAAUGCUGCAGCCAUGCAAGGUGAAGUUGAAACAGUGAAUCGAUUACAUGAGUCCAUUCUGACGCUGGGCUUAGUAAAGCCUUCUACUAACCUCUGUUCUCCUCUGAUUACUGUUCACCUUGAAAAGGACGAUGUACCUGCUGCCCUGGAAGCUGCAAUUGACUGUUUUAAGAAGUAUGGCAAUAUCCCUAGGCUCCAUGACAUCUUGUGUAGGCUAAUAGAAAAAGGAAAUACUGAUCUCCUGCAGAAAGCCAUGGACUUUGUGAGCCAAGAACGAGGUGAAAUGACGAUGCUCUAUGAUCUCUUCUUUGCCUUCCUAAAUACAGGAAAAUAUAAAGAGGCCAAGAAGAUCAUUGAGACUCCAGGCUUGAGAGCUCGUCCUGGAAGGUUGCAGUGGUUUGCUGAGAAGUGUAUUGCGAAUAACCAGAUGGACAUUUUAGAAAAUAUGGUGGAAAUGACUGAAAAACUAUUUGAGUGUGAUAGAGAUCAGAUGUACUACUACAUCCUACAGUUAUGCAAGAUCAGUAGUGACUGGCGAAGAGCUGAUGCAACUUGGACUAAAAUGCAGGAAGAAAAUGUUAUUCCUCGUGAGAGAACAUUAAGGUUACUAGCUGAUAUUCUUAAGAACAAUGGUCAAGAAGUACCAUUUGAUGUACCUGAGAUCUGGUAUGAAGACUGUGUAGAAUCAGCUCCUGUUUCAGAAAAUAACCCUGAGAAGAAAAUAUUGAUCCUCUGCAAAAAGGGCAAUAUCCAAGAGGCAUACAAUAUUUUACUGGAAGAACAAAAGAAAGAUAUUAUGUUUCCUUCCUUUACAUAUUCCAUUCUUAUAAAAGCAUUGCUGGCUGAAGGCUGUCUUGAGAAAGCCAUCAAUGUGAAAAACAUCGCUGAGACCCACAUCAAGGGCUUCACACUGAACGAUGCUGCCAGCAGCCUCCUCAUCAUAACGCAAGUUAGGCGGGAUUAUUUGAAAGAUGCUAUAUCUACUCUGAAAGCAGUCCUUGAAAAUGACAUGGUGCCUACUCGACUAGCUGUGACUCGGCUCAUUCAGGCUCUGGCUAUGAAAGGAGAUGUGGAGAGCGUACGUACAGUUGAGAAGAUGGUAGAAAACCUGGCAGUUUCCAUUGGUUUAUCUCGCAUGCUUUUUGUCAAUAACACUGUAUUGGCUCACAUCAAGAACAAUAACCUUGAUACGGCAGUGGAAUAUAUUGAGUCUUUGAUUAUUUCGGGAAUGCAAAAUCCUGAUUCACCAAUCACAAGUAUAUCCUAUGUAUUUAGAAAGGUGAUUGAGGAAAAACUGGAGUCAGCUUUGGAAAAAUUAAGUGCCAUGGCAGAGCGAUUGGUCAAUCAAUUUGGAAUUUACAAACCUGCCACGGAUCUUUUUCUUCAGUAUGUGUCUGAAGGAAGAAUAGAUGAUGCCAGAUUGCUACUACAGAGGUGUGGUGGGAUAGCUGAACAAAAGAAAAUUAUGAUGGCUUUCAUUGCUAAAUCUUCACAGAAACCAGGACAGGGGCAGAAAAUCAAGAUGCUGUUAGAUCUGGUUCCUGAUUUCCCGGAAAUGGAAGUUGUAUACUCUUACCUCCUGAAAUGCCAUGUAUUAGACAACGACAUCGUUUCUGCAAAAACUCUGUUUGAGAAAGCAAAAGCUGAGAAUAUUCGGACAGAUGAGAUAUUCCUGAAACGAUUGGCAUUUCUGCUGAAGAGUGCAGGAGAGCCUGUCCCAUUCACUGAACCCCCUGAGUCCUUCCAUUUCUAUGUGAAUAAAUUGAGGAAAGAAAGGCAAGAACUCUCAUCACAUGAUGUAUAAACCUUUUUAUGCUUCAAUUGUUUAUAACUAUGAAGAAUGUUGAAUGUAUUUAAUAUUGUUAGAAAAAAAUAAAACAAUUGAUUAUGUACUUCAGUGUAAAAUAAUUUACUCAAACAUGAUGUGUUUUAAACCUGGUCUUCAGUGACUAAACUGUAACUGAGACAUGCAUUUGGUAGUAGAAAUACAGUUUAUUGCUGUAGAGCUGUUGACUCAACAAUAGAAUAGCCACUUACAUAGCUCUCAUUUUUUUUGUUUGACCUGGUGAAAGUUGAUUACAUUGUGGUCCCCAGUUCUGCUGGAAUUUACUGUAAAUACCCUAUGUGCAGCUAGCUUUUCAGUAUGGCUCUAAUCCAUAGCCCAGUGAAAUCAAUGAGUCUUUCUAUUGACUUCAGUGAGCAUUGGAUCAGGCUUAAAUCAGCAAAUUCCAUGGCUCUAAAAAACCACCAAAAAGAAACUGUAAUUCUGAUGUUCAAUGCAGUGUGCAUCUGUACACUGAAGUUCACAAAUAUAUUCUUGUAUAGUGAGUAAAUAUACACUUUGCACAUUUGUGAAAAGGUAGAAGCUGCUUGGUGUAAUACUUACCGUAACCUGCUCUGAACUAUCUUUAACUUCCUUUGAAAGAUCUCUAGACAAUGUAUUGUGAUAUUUUUUAUUUUUGUUUUUUUAAGUCCACUUUCUUUUCAGUUAAUUUGUACCUACUGUGUAGCUCAAAUAAAACUGCACACAUUUCA